UGGCUUUUCGUACACAGAGGUUUUGUUGGUGAAAUGUUAAAUUAUUCUACAGAAAAAACAGAAAAACGGCUCUAGGCAAAUUGAUAUCUUUAUUCACAGUUGAAUGAUUAUUGUCUUUGGUGUUAUCAGCAAAACAGGACAUAUUUUAAGAGUUUAAACUUGACUUUCAAUGUGAAGAGGAUAGUAUUUAUGAUUCAGGACUUGUAACCAUAAGAGGGAAGUUUUAAGUGUUUAGUGUUCAGGCCAGGAAAUUGGUGGAGCUGUGAUAACGGUUGUCGCUGUUUGCUUAUGACUUUCAAUUAUAGAUUGAAAAGUUAGUGUGCAUUGCUCGGGAAUUGUGAUUAGUCUGUCAGGACCUGAUUAUCUGAUAAUAUUUUCAAUGUAUUGAUCUCAAGCGUGUAUAAUAGGGUGGCACACUUCAUUUUAGUAGAUCAUAUAUACUGAUAGCAUCUCAGUUGUACAGCGUAGCCGGAUUGCAUUGUCACAUAUCCUGUAUUUUGUUUCCUUGUUUCUGGAGACCAGCCUCUUGAACAAGCCAGAUCAGUUGGUGAUCAGUCAUUACAGAGGACAGCCAUCAUUACUCCAGUGUCAACCUCUGGUCACACAGUACUGCAGACAUUGGCAUCUCGAUUGAGCUCAUUUCAGUAACGCAUCUGACUCCAACUUGGUUCCUCUCUUGUAUUGGAACAGGAAAAGCACAGUCAGGGAUAUUUAUAGUAACACUACAGAAAGGUUUUCACCAAUACAAGUUUCCUCGCGGGCUUCAGCUUACUAUGUUCAGUGUUGAUUCCGUCAGUGUAUGAUGUACCUUGCCUACAGUUACCCUCUUGGACAGCACGCCAUACCCGCGCUUGGAGCACACACACCGAUUGCGACAGAGCUACCGCCCACGCAGUACUUUCCCUCGGUGACGACACCUUCCAUCGCUGACCCAUACUUUGUACCCAUCACGUCAGCUCCACAGCCGCUUCCAACCGCUGCUGCACCAUUCCAACCUCUCACCCUUGCUGUGUGUAGAAAGCGUGGCUCAGAAGAACUCAUGUCUCACAGUCCUAUGUUGACCACAAAUGGCACAGGCCACAGUCCCUCACAGAAUGAGGUCAACGAUGCCAAAAAGGUGAAGCUUGAGAACUCUCACACAACCAACAUGACUCCCUCCAAGGUGAUCCAUCUGCGUAGCCUGCCCAACGAUGUGUCAGAUUCUGAGGUCGUCCAGCUCGGCAUUCCCUUCGGCAAAAUGUCCAAUGUCCUUCUACUCAAACAGAAAAACCAGGCAUUCCUGGAGUUUGAGGACGAGGGUCUGGCGACAACAUUUGUCAACUACUACACAAAAAUGCCAUGCCAGAUCCGCGGGAAGCAGGUGUAUGUCCAGUUCUCCCAACACAAGGAGCUCAAGACAGACCAGACUCACUCCUUCCAGAACCAGGCAUCACAGGCAGCAUUGCAGGCUGCUCAGCAGGCUGUGAUGGGGAACGGGGACGGUGAGGCAGUGAAGAAGACCGUGCUGCGUGUCAUCGUGGAGAAUCUAGUCUACCCUGUCACCAUCGAGGUCCUUAGCCAGAUCUUCAGCAAAUUCGGCAAAGUUUUGAAAAUGAUCAUCUUUACAAAAAACAACACAUUCCAAGCACUUGUUCAGUUCGGGGACUCUGUCUCAGCCAAUGCAGCUAAACUGUCCCUGGAUGGCCAGAACAUCUACAAUGGUUGCUGUACGCUCCGCAUCGACUACAGUAAACUCAACCAGCUCAACGUCCGCUACAACAAUGACAAAAGUCGUGACUUCACUAACCCCAGCCUCCCUACAGGCGACCCGGGGCUUGACCAGGCCAUGGCAUUUGGUGGUGGAGGUACUGCUGGUAUUAUGGUGGCAACGAUGCCGGGGCUUAGCCCUGCCACACAACUAACCCAAUUCGGAGCGGCGGGACUCGGGGCACAGACACAUUUCGCUUCAGGCAUGCCUGGUCUCGCAGCAGACGCAAUGCUGGUUCCCCCUGGAGGUCAUCUGGUACCCUUCAUGGACACGCUACUCGCACCAAGCCCGAGCCCACAGGGUAUGGGCGGGAUGUCAGGAAUGGGCGGGAUGACAGGGAUGGGCGGUAUGGGGAUGCAGGGGCUCAAUUUUGGUUUCCAGAAUGCCAUGGCGGGCCGUCUUGGAAUACCAGGCAUGCAGACCCAACAGGCUGGCUCCAGCGUUAUCCUUGUCUCCAACCUCGACGAACAGGUCACGCCAGAGGCUCUUUUUACCCUCUUUGGCGUAUAUGGGGACGUUCAUCGGGUGAAGAUACUCUUCAAUAAGAAAGACAAUGCCUUAAUACAGAUGGCUGAAGCACACCAAGCUCAAUUAGCAAUAGCUCACCUGGACAAAGUGAAGGUGUGGGGAAAGCAGAUCCGCGUCACGCAGUCUAAACACUCCCUCGUACAGAUGCCGAAGGACGGACAACCAGAUGCUGGUCUGACGAAAGACUUCACUAACUCACAGCUGCAUAGGUUCAAGCGCCCAGGGUCCAAGAAUUGUCAGAAUAUAUUCCCACCAUCAGCCGUUCUGCAUCUCUCAAACAUUCCACCAUCAGUAACUGAGGAGGAGUUGCAGGAAAGUUUCUCAGCACAUGGGGAAGUUAAAGCUUUCAAAUUUUUCCAAAAAGACCGAAAAAUGGCCUUGAUAGAAAUGGACUCUGUAGAGGGCGCUGUUGUAGCAUUGAUAGCUAUGCACAAUUAUCCGUUGAGCGACACAAACCACUUGAGAGUGUCGUUUUCCAAGUCCACAAUAUAGUGCUGUGAUGUCCGUGUAAAUAUCGUGACCAGUCGUCAUCGUUCGUUCUUUCAUCGCUACAUCCCACACCAUUUCCCUACACUUUCUUUGUCCGAUGUACCAGCUGCUCCAUUUAAAUCAUGCAACAUCCCGGAAAUAACAUAUCCAGGAAACAAGAGAUAGAACCUGAGCCUCACACCUACAGAAAAACUUUUUUAGAAUUUAGAAAUUUGUCCAAUUCAUCCUACUUGUAUAUUAACUAUUGUCUUAAGAUUUAUCGUGUUGAUAGCAUAAUUGUUCAUUGGUAACAUGACACUCGGAAAUAGAUUUAAUUGGCCAAGUACAGUGCUGGAAUCAAACAUGUGAUAAAGAAGGAUUAGAAGAUUUAGAGCUUGUUGCAUGACAUUGGUAAUUCAUAUAUGUGUUGAUGAUUAUAUGAAAUAUUACUGUUGAUUCACAAUUGAAUAUAUUUGUAUGGCUGUUAAGUGCCUUUAUUAUAUCGUUUUAAAAGUUAAAAGGUGUUUUCAUGUUGUCAUUUUGUCUAAAUUUUUAUCAGGUAUGGUAGUAAUUGAUGAUCAAAAUAUUAUUUCAAGGAUUUGACUACAUGUGUAAUUGUGUAGUCGUGUUCUGAAACUCUCUCGAGGUAGAAUUAUUUCACCAAACGCAUAUAUAUAUAUAUAUGUUCAUGUUUCUGAUGAAAUCCAUAUUAUAGUAUUAAUGUGCGGGUUAAGGUUAUACUGUAUUAAAUUUUUCUAGCAUUCUAUUACAGACGUUUUUGUUUCAAUGUAUUUAUGAUUAAUAUUUAUUUAACAAAGUAAAUUUUGCUUUUUGUUGAGUGCCAUUUUAAAUUAUGAAACUAUCAAGUCAUUUUAUCUACGAUGUAAUAGUCACAUAUUUUAUUCACAGAAAUAGUUUAUAUAUAAUGAAUGUUAAGUCAAUCAAAAUGAGUGAGUCAAAUAUAAAGGCACCCUUAACAACACGUUCCACAUACUGUUUCUUGUAAAGAUGUUUAUGUUUCAUAUUGUUUAGCUUACAUAUUCUCAUCAUUAAAUUGAACACAUCCAAAAUAUGUUCAGAAACUGUACCUGUGAUGAAUUGAUCAUGGCAACUAGCUUAUAGUCAUUUGUACAUGUAUUCAGUUUGGAGUUUCUCAGUGUAUAUUUUGUACACAUUAUUUUUGCAGAUCUGCCAAGGGUUUGGUGUUUAUAUGUAUAUGUAGGGUUAACUUUUAUUGCAAUUUGAAUAGCACCAUUUGAAUAUAUUGUUCCAUUUUGUUUUCAUUUUGGUUCCCUGCUGCAUAACAGGCUGUUAAGGGCUGUACCAGCUUGAGAGAUAGUGUUAGACUUGUAUCUGUCCUUAAAAUAUUGUUAUAGUUAACUCUUGUUUGCUAAAAUUGUUCCCCCCAAUUGAUGUUAUCAAGUUGUUACAUUAUGUACAACUAUUAUGUUCAAUAAGUGUAGAUGCGAUGGCAGGACAAUGGUUGCCAUGGGGACAGUUACCUCCAUACAGUCUGUUGAGUUGCAGGGAACCAGGUUUUUACCGGAACUGGUUUCUGGGCAGAGGUCAUUUCAGUUAUGUUCAUUAUUAUUUGUAGAUGUUUGUCCAAUUAAUGUCAGUCUCUGACAACAGUAGCAAACCAAAUCAUAAAAUCUGUGAUCAGAAUAAGCAAGGCUUAUAUGUUCAUAACUGUCCAUCCACAAACUGUCACUAAACCUUUAUACGAAACAUCGUUUUUACUUCAGAAGUUAUUUCAGGUAUCAGGCAUUUUGAAACACUAAGGUGUAUGGCUAUUUUAAACCUCAUUUGAAAUUUGUUUAUUCAAAGUUUUCAUUUAUCCAAAGAAAUCCAUGCAUAGAAGUCUGACGUUUGACAUGUUAUUUCUUCUCUGUGUCUUGUGCAUUAGUAUGUAUUGAAAUCAGCUAUGGUUUAAUAAUUGUUUCCAUAAUGGCAAUGGUUUUAUUUUAGAAGUGAACUUAAACGAUAAAAAAGGGUUUGAAGCUGCCAUUUUCUUAGGAACAAAAUGAUUGACAUAAUUUUAUAAUGAGUGUUGAGCAAGGCUUGUUGUACCUUGUACCAGUAAUGUCAGUUCUCUUUGUUUGUUAACCGCAAUGUAUCUUCGUUUUCAGCCCUUAAAAUUAAGGAAUAACAUGGCAUGGGUCAGACUUUCUAUCUACUUUCUCUUGUCCUGGUAGUAUUAUUUAACUUCCAAGACUUGUUGCGUGCAAUCUCUACAUUUUUGUACAUGUAGUAAUUGUCAAAUAUCAGCCAAUCAAAACUGAUUAUGCAAAUACUCCUUCUAAUAUCCGCCCAUUGCUAGAAAACUAAUGCAAAAACAAUUGUCUAGUGGAUGUGUACAUUGUUUUUCAUUGGAUUAGAUGUAAAGUAUAAUGCUAUGUCUGUAGGAAGUUUAAAUCAUAAGAUAACGGCGUAGUGUGAAAUAUUUGUUUUAUCAGUUGACUAUCAAUGUUGCAAUACAAUGGACAUAUAGUUCAAGGUUAUGUUUAAGCAUGUUAUAUUUUUAAUGACUUGAGUGUUCAUUUUAUGUAAUUUGUUUUCAAGUUUUAUCUACUUAAAAGUAGAAAACACUGUCAACACUGUCUGCUUUAUUUGUAGUUUAGUAAAGAGGGACAAUCGUUCAAAAUAUGGUGUAAGGCUGUAUGUUCACAUUUUGGUACCAUGGACAUGGUGGUACGGUUUUAAAACAUUUUAUUAGCAAAUAUUUUUAUAUGUCAAUAUGACAUUAAGCUGUCUAGUUAAUAUAUUUUUGUAUUUUUCAAUAGCAUAACAGUUCUUAAGAAGUUUACAACAUAAAAACAGAAUGAGAAAAAUAGUGUUUAAAAAAGUUUUUUUGGAAAUCAACCCUUACAGAAAAUGAAUGUGUGUAAAGAAAAAUCAAUGUAAUUGGUGAGAAAAAUCCUAAAGUAUAAUUCCCCGUACAUUGUAGCGUUAACGAAUGUGUUUGUACGGUAACACAAAAUGUGCCUCGUGUAAUAUUUGUGUACUGCUAAAUGCAGUCAAUACAUGAUGAUUACAAGACAAUGUCUCACUUGUUUUCACGCUAAUUGAUACUCUUUGUGCGAAUAACAUAUAAAUAAGAAGAAUGUUUACUAUGAAAAUAUAUUAAUCAUUCUUGGUUGACAAAAAAUCUGCUAUUAUCAGGGAAACCUUUCAUAAGUGAGACUAUAGCAAGCAAUCGAAUUACUAGAAAAAUGAGUGAAUUCAAGAUGUAAAUGGUACUUAAUUUAGGAAAAAAUAAGGGUUUUUUGCUAUAUUGGUGAGAAAUAUGAGAAAAUAAGUGACAUUGUCUGGUCGUGCAUGUAACAUAAUGUGCCUGGGAACAAUGAUCUUUGAUAUUUAAUAAAAUUAUUUAUUUGUGAAGAGGUAACGAUUUCUCCUGAUAGUCUGCUCUCUCUGAUCGGCCUUCCAGUUAACGAGUCUUAACUGCUUCCUACACAUCUAUGGUAUUAGGGUCUGGUGCUCUAAAAGCAGUCCUUUGGUUUGACUUGAUGCCCAAAUGCAUGUGCAAGGUACCAAGUUUGCAGUUCAGCGUUGUUUGGAAGGCAUUUUCAGAAAAUAGACAAUUGUGGAGCCAUUGCAAAUUUUUACCUCUUGGCAAAUAUGUAUAUGUAGCUUUUUUACCAGACAUAGUUUUAUUGUUUGUUUAUUUAUUAUUGUUGUAACCCUUUACAAGGGAAUUAGCAUGACAUCAAAUAUUAACAUUGUUUACAAGUUUUGUUGAUUUAUAUUAUAUUAUUAAUAUUAAUUGUCGGAAGAUCUUGUAAUUUGCAAAAAGUUUUAAAAUAUUAAAAAAAUGCAUUUUGUAUUUUUUGUGUUUUGUUUGAAACAGAGUAUAUUCCAUUUGCUAUUUUAACUUGCUAAGCUUACUUUAUCUGAAACUGUGUCUAUAUUUUGUCUAUAAUCAGAAAGUCUUACAUUUGACUUGCUUCUGUCAUGUUGUAGAAGUUACUCUAUUGUCUGGUAAUCAAUCUAUCUGAUGUUGAUUUAACUUGAAUUUCUGAUAUAAAUCUUGUUUUUCCUGUUCUCUGUACUAGUUUUGAUUCACUAAAAGCUGUUAGAUCUAUGUUACUGUAAAUAUAGUGAAAACCUA